AUGGUCUGGGUCCGUUCCUGGUGCGGGGGGUGUUUUGAACGGUCCCUUGGAUUCCAGCGCUGUUCCUUCCCGCAGCUCGGCCACAAGCCCCGGAGCCUCUCCAGCAGCCAGGUGAAGCGUCUGGCCGCCUUGGUGGACCUCCAGCGCCUCUGGGGCUCCUUCCUGAAGCCCAUGCUGAUCGAGCGGUACCCGGGCAGCCCGGGGAACAGGAAGGUGCGGCAGUUCAUCGUGGAUAGCCUGGCCACGCUGGCUGCGGGCUGGCGGGUCGAGCUGGAUGCCUUCGAGGACCGGACCCCACGGGGUGUCGUGAGCUUUGCCAACGUAGUGGCCACGCUGGACCCCGCUGCCGGGCGGCGCUUGGUCCUGGCCUGCCACUAUGACUCCAAGUACUUCCCCCGCGACCGGCAGGGCCGCACCUUCCUGGGGGCCACCGACUCGGCCGUGCCCUGCGCCAUCCUGCUGGAACUGGCCACGGCCUUGGACGCCGAGCUGCUGAAGGCCAAGCAGCAGGGCUCCGAGGUGACGCUGCAGCUGCUGUUUCUGGACGGCGAGGAGGCCUUCGGGGAGUGGAGCGAGAGCGAUUCCCUGUACGGGGCACGCCACCUGGCUGAGCACAUGGCCAAGGCUCAGCACCGGCCGGACACCAGCCAGCUCCAGGCUAUGAGCCUGUUUGUCCUGCUGGACCUGCUGGGGGCCCGAAACCCGACCAUCCAGAACCACUUCCCCCUCACCGCCUCCUGGUUCGACCGGCUCGUCGGCAUCGAGAAGCGUCUGCACCAGCUGGGCCUGCUGCAAUCCCACCCCCGGGCGCAGACGUACUUCCAGCGCGAGCCUGCGUAUGGGCUUGUUGAAGACGACCACGUCCCCUUCCUCCGCAAAGGAGUGCCGGUGCUGCACCUCAUCGCCACCCCCUUCCCGUGGGUCUGGCAUACGAUGGAGGACACGGAGCAGAACCUGCACCCCCCGACCGUGGAGAACCUCUGCAAGAUCCUGGCUGCCUUCCUGGCUGAGUACUUGUGGCUGUGAAUGCCCAGAGCCUCCCCUGGCGAGGGGACCAACCUCUCCUUGGGCAGGGUCCUUCGCCCCUCCUGGGCCGAGCUCCAUCGGGGCCAGAGGCCAAAACACCCCAGGGACCAGGCAAGACGGCUUGGGGGGCCCAGGCUGUUACAGCCCCGCAGGGGCCGGGGGAGCUGUUACGAUGCUGGUGUCGCAGAGAGGACGGGAAGGGAGAUUGUGCUGGGGGCUGCGGCUGGCCCAGGAGUGAAACCUCUUGCUUGAGCCCCUUGAGGUUGGGCCCGCGGCUCAGAAGCAGGAAUAAUGGGGGUGAACCCGGACUGUGCUGGGGGCAGGACACCGGGGGCCUCCAGCUUCUGGCCCACCAGGGUUUGCUCCUGUUUCCGGGGCCCGUUCAGCUCUGGGGGCGCCGGGCUCCCAGCCUCGCGCGGGGGCUGCUCCACAGCGACUCUCGUAACAAAGAGCUGCCCCGUCCAGGGCUGCUGCCCCCUCCCCAUAGCGCCCCCUCGCGCUGGGCAGCCCUGGGCACUGUGGGGCUGGGACGCUGCUGCUGGCAUGGCUGUUCCCUCUGCUCCGGCCCCCUCCCAUCACCAGCAGCAAACAGCAGCUCCCCUCUCCUUCCUUCAGCUCAGGGUUGCCGGGCCUGUCUGUGGAACCCGUGAAGAACCAGCACCCCCUUCGUUUCCGUCCAUCUCCUCCCUCUGGACUGAGAGGCAGCACAGCCUAGUGGGCAGAGCACUUGACUUCUGCCUUUGGAUCUGUUCCACGCUCUGCCACUGACUAGCCCUGUGAGUCUGCGUAAAACCCUUUCCCCUCCCAGUGCCUCCGUUUCCCCUCCCACCCUGUGUCUAGUUAGACUGUGAGCUCUUUAGGGCAGGGACUGUCUGUCUUAUGUUCUGUGUGUAAAGUACCUAGCACAAAGGGGUGUCUUAGUGCUAAUCUGACAGACCAUAAUCUCGUCCUCUGAGCUCGCCCAGCCCAGCCCAGCGGCGGGGGGUGGUUAUGGUUUAACAGGAGAUGAAAUGAUUCACGGCGCUUCACCUUUUCAUGUGCUAGAAGCUGGUUUAUUCUCACUGCUCAGUAGCCCCCCAAGCAAAGCAAGCGCUAAGCCGCAGGGGCGCUGGGUUAGAGGCAAAUUGCACUUGAAUUAAAAACCCCUUUGUGGGACUCUGCGAACCACCCAAUGGGCCCUUCCCAGGCACCCGCCAUGUGAAGAUCCAAACACUUC